AUGUUCAAUAGACGUAGAAGUAGGCUUGAGCCGGCAUACACUGGAGUCAACCACACUGCGCCGGCUUCCAGCCAGCCCAGCAGCAACGCCUUGGCCGCUGCAUUGACCAUUGGCGAGGCCAUGAAGCUGGGGGCCCAUCAGCCCACCAAGACGGUCCAGCGCUCCAAUUCCAUGCAAUAUAUCAUCAAACCGGCAGCAAACCAGCCUACCCGCUCAACCAGCUUGUUGAAGCGGUCUCCCUCGUUGUCGUCAGCCGCUCCAGCAGGCCAGAAGCAACAGUUUAGAGGGUUCUCUAGCUCGUCCAUCACUUCUUCCACGUCACGCUCCUCGGUAGCAUCGCCUCCGCCCGCCAGAGCGAGAACUCCCCAGAAGACCCACCAGAAAAUUGUGUACGACAUUGACGACAGCAUCGACGACUCGUACUUGGAUGAUAUUACCGAGGAGGCCAACCAGCGUUACUUCAACAACCACGACAACAUGAAGGACUUGAGAUUAUCGCACCAACCUCUGUCUCCUCCAGCCCCUAAAAGCGCCCCAAAGAAAAUGGUCAAGAAGUACAUCCCCACCCCCAACGGGAUCAAGAUUAUUGAGGUCCCUGAAGAAAACUUGAACAAGGAGAUCUCAAGAAACAACUCGAUUAGAUCGGGCUCAAAUAUCCCAAGGACUGGCUCCUUGAGGGCACCACCCAAGAAGACCAUUCGUACCAGCUCAUUGAACUCAUUAUCAGGAAAGAAACCUUCUUCAAGGUUGUCUAGUUUGGUCAACUCUCCCAACAUGACUUCCAUGACUGAAAACGUAGAGUUGGAAGAUUCUUUGGGCCAAAUUGAUAGUUCUCGUGAGCACGAAUUGAAAUUACAAGCUUUAGAGAAGCAAAUCCAACAUGAGAAGGAUUUGGCUAGAGAUUUAGAAAUCAAAAAGCUCGAGUUUGAAAAAUUGAAGUUGGCUAGAUUGGAAAACGAGAAGAAGAUGCUUCUUUUAGAGGAAGAAGCGGAACGUGCCUCAAAUCCAAAUGACGCACUUGAAAAUGGUCUGGUUAAGGUCACCUCCGACAAGACUGGUGGUGAGGCUGUUACUUCUACUAUUACAAGGGAAACAUUUGAAACUCCUUCUGAUAAUUCGGAAUCCAAGGAUCAGAUUUCGAAGCCAUUACUUGCUUCUGUUGACGAUCACGAAUUAUCAGACGAUGAAGGCGUGGCGGGUGUUUCCAUAGAUGGAUCGCAUGUUGUUGUUGACGAGCUUGAGAAGAAAAAAAUUGAGACUACUGGGGUUCCAGAAACUCCUUCGGAUCAUCUUCAAAAAGGUUCAACUCCAGAGUAUGGUGAUUCUUCUGAAUAUGAUACUGAUAGAGAAGCUAAAGACUUGGCCACUGGAUCUACCAGUGAGAUUGGUAUAAUUAACCGAUAUGGAGACUUUAACACUAAUGAACUCUCAAACCGUGACAGUAUUAUCGAGCAUCCCCUGGCAAUUUCAACUGAUGAUGAAGAUGAUACUGAGUCUAACAGGUUGGCAAAGCAAUUAAGACCAACUUUUGAUGUGGUUCCAGAAAUUAUUGAAGAUGCACAAGAAGAUGCCCUUGUCUCACAAUUAGAUGCACUUCAGGUCCCCCCACCCAUCAAUGGCGGCAGUUCAGGCUCAUCGCUCCACUCAGUUAGCACUUUUGAAUCUAAGUCAUCUUUAAAGAAACCUAUAAAGUCUGCCAUGAAGAAUUCAAACUCAUUCUCCAACAUUUCGACUACAUCAUCGAAGGCCAACGCAAAUGCGGCUCGUGAUGCUUAUCUCUCGUUGACGACUGCCGAGAAUACUAAAUUAAACUCUAAAUUGUCCUCAUCUCAAUUGAAUGAUUUGAAACAGAAUCACACUUUCAUUCCCCUUUCUGAUUCAAGUGCAAAUGGGAAUAACAGAAUGUCCCAGACAUUGAGAAAGCAACCUUCGCAAAAGUCACAAGGUGGUUUAGCUGGAAGAUCAUUGAGACCACAAUCCAUGAGUGCUGAUCCAAGAAUUACACAGCAGCAGAAUAAUAAUGGAGGAAUGAGUGGAAGAUCUUUGAGAAAUUCUAUGUAUACCCCUCAUGUUGCACCAAUGGCACCUCAUCCCGCAUUACAGGAAAAUUACCAAUCUCCCUCAAAACUCAAAGCAGCUGAAUUGUAUGCAAAGGCAAAUGCAAGACCAAAAUCAGUAUUCAAGCCAAUUAAGAGAACGUCGUCUUUCAGCAAAGAGGCGGAGCACCAACCACAACAGCCUCAAAGACAAAGAACGACAAUGAGGGACUCGCAGCCAACUGUCAACCCACAACAGCAUAGAAUUCAAUCACAACAACCAUCUAAGACUCCACAACCAGCACCACCGGCUCCUGCAAAUAAUGGAUUUCAAAAAGAUAAUUUCAGAUCAAGAUUUUAUGAUUCUGAUGAAGGUGAAACGCACGAUUCUCGUAGAAAUGGUGGUUUCUCUUCUAGAUUUAAUGACUCUGAUGAUGAGGGAACUCAGGUUUCAGGCAGUGUUUCGUCUCCUGUAUCGCAUCAUGCGGACGGUAGUGCGACCUUAAGAGAGAGUACUAAGCCAUCCAAGUCUGCUGGAAAAGAAAAGAAGAAGUUCGGUAAGUUGAGAAAGUUAUUUGGUCGGUCUAAUUAG